ACUAACAAACAUAGACACUUAGGACAGUAGUUAUUAUAUCGUGCAUUAUUAAGCAUGUAUAUAAUGGUAUAGGCUAUGAAAUGUCUUUAAAACAUAUACAUCAAUUUAAAGAUAUUCUCAGAAAUUAAAUAAAUAGGACAUAACAGGUUCAAUUAUACAAUACUCAAUUUGUAUUAUCUAUGUACAAAUUCAAUAUAUAGGAAUGCAAGAAUUAGAGACUUCCAGUGAUGUAUCUGUUGAACUAGAGUUCUCACCUGACAGAAAACCAUACUGCGAAGUAAAAAUUACAUCUUCUGACAGAUUAUUAUGCUUCACAUCGAGUGAAACCAAUCAUGAUGCCUCAAGUUCUAAGUCUUAUUCAAUCUUUUCCAACGAAAGUGACAGCAAUAAAGGCGAUAUUAAUGAUAAUAUCAAUUCACAAGAUCAAGUAUGGAUAAAUCCAGUUGGAAAUCAACCUGAUAUCAAGCCCUUUGUGGGUAUACCUGGAUUAAAAUCAUUUAAAUACAAUCCAAACAAAGAAGAAUAUUUUUACUUAUCGCUAGUUACUGAAGCAAUAUUUCAAGAAAUAGCACACCAAACUAAUUUAUAUGCAGCACAAGUAUUAUCACAGAAACGAUCAAGUCGUUUGAACCAAUGGGUUCCUACUACCAAAAAUGAAAUAAAGAGACUGUUUGGUCUUCUCAUCUGGAUGGAUUUAGUAAAACUACCUCAAUUACACUUGUACUGGUCCAAGGAUUCUAUAUUUACACAAAGUUUCCCACAAUCUAUAAUGUCACAAAGUCGCUUUGAAUUACUUUUACAAAUGUUGCAUUUUACAAAUAAUGAAAAUGCAAAUUUAUUAAAUGAUCGACUUUAUAAAAUCAGUCCAAUUAUUGAUACAUUAAAUAGAAAUUUCACGAAAUACUAUGAUCCACCUGAAACUCUUUAUAUCGAUGAAUUUGUAAUACCAUUUCAUAGUCGUAUUAAACAAUUGAUAAAACAAAAAAAAUAUAAAUAUGGUAUCAAGAUAUUUAAAUUAUGUUUCAAUCCAGGAUACACUUAUAACUUUCAAAUAUAUUGCAGCAAAAAGUCAGACCAAGAAACAGCGAAUCCUACAAAUGCUGUUAUUUCACUUUGUCAAAAUAUAUUUUAUAAGGGACAUACUGUAUGUACUAAUCGUUGGUACACGAGUAUAGACUUGGCUCAAGAAUUAAUUACUAAAACUACACAUUUAGUAGGAAUGGUCCAACGAAAUUGUCGUGGAAUAUCUAAAGAAGUUGUCACAAAAAAAUUAAAAAGAGGAGAAAUAUUUGCAAAGGAGAACAGCAUUGGUAUAACGUUGAUAAAAUGGAGAGAUAAACGCGAUGUUUUGUUAUUGUCUACUAAACAUUCUGUAGAAUCAGUUACUCUUAAAAGAAGAAGAUCUAAUUAUAUUAAACCUAAAAUUUUGUUUGAUUAUAAUGAAGGCAAGCCUUCAAGUGAUAUUUCUGACCAAAUGACAAUAUGUUGUAUUUCAUCACACAAGAAUGUAAAAUGGUAUAAAAAAUUAGCAUUUGAACUUUUAUUAAAUACAGCUGUUAUAAAUGCUUGGGUAAUGCAUAACAGUGUAAAAAAUAAUCCUAUUUCAUUAAUAGAGUUCAAAAAACGAUUAGUCAUUUAUCUAUCACAUUGUCAGGAUGAGAGGUUUCAAAAUUUAUCUCGUGAAAUUGUAACCAUUAAGAAACGUCAUGAAAUUAAAAAGAGAGAGGGUAAAUUGGUAUCAGUAAGAAAACGUUGCAUUUCUUGCUAUAAAGAAAACGUUAAAACCUUUGGUACUGAACUAGCACGAAAUAAGACAAAACGAGUAGCAACAUUUUGUGCUGAUUGCCCUAAUGAGCCUCAUUUAUGUUUGACAUGUUUUAAUAAAGAACAUCGUAACAUACCAUUUUAACUAUAAACUAUAUGUAUCAAAAUAUUGGAUUUGCUCUAUAAUGUUCCACUUGUUUUAUAAAUACAUCAUUUUUCAUCAAUCCUAUUGUAAGAUACGUUUUCUAUGUAUGUUUUAUGUAUAUAUAUAUAAGAAAACCUUACUUAGUACAAAAUCGCGUAAAAAUUA